AUGUACGCCAUGAUCGCAAUGGCUACUCCCACCUUGAACUCUGAAGUUAUCCCGAUGAAGUCUAGGGUUUGCCACAAGUUCUAUGAGCCUCUAGUUCUCCUCAAAGCCUUGAAUGUCGAGAUGACAAAUCUGGCCGAGUUUGUUGAUCCAGACGACCUCAACUACCGUGGAGACGCAAAGAAGAUUUUCAAAGCUUUUUUGUACAAAUUAGCUCAUGUUUGCGACAGCAUGCCAGGGAACGGGGGUGGCACCGUUACCUCAGUCAUGUUACUUCGUGGUGCUGAUGGAACGAACGUCGAAUACCGCUUUGCAUCAAAUCAGCGAAAUGAAGAAGAUCUUCAAGAUGUAGCAGCGUUCAUGAGAUUUCUUCUCGAACGGACUGGCAGAGAAUCGACGUUGGUGGACGCGCCGAAUUUGCGAAAAGACUUGUUGAACGCCGUGCUCUGGUUCAACAGGCUCCGAAUCAGUUUCUACAUCGGCAGGCUUGAGAAAGAGAUUCAAAAUUGCCUUGCUAAUUCCCAAGAUGACGUUCGCAACUGCAACAUCCUCCUACACGAUCUGAUCACCCUGAAGGCGUCUGAAGCUUGGGCGUACAUCGACCAACGAGCGAGGAAUAUUCGGCUGAGUGGAGGUACCAGCAUUUCUUCAUCUUGUUGGCCUGAGAUGCGACACAUGGUGAAUCGACUUUUGGCUUAUUGCAAGGACGUCGAGUUUUUCAUUCUCGCAAAGGAAAAUUGGCCUGAGAUAUUUCGAAGCUUCACAAUCACGGCCUGUCCAUCAAGUCAACCCCUGCCGCGACCGGGUCGGAACAAAAGCAUGACUGCAGAAAGCAUCGUCGGUCGAAUGACGCGCAAAGAAUUCAGCAUCGAAAAAUUCAGAGCGUUGGUCAACAGUCUUCAAAUGGUGCAUUUAGACGAACGGAUUCAGGCGGAAUACAAGAAAGACAACUUCCACCCCAUUGUCCAUUCAGAAAUUUUGCUUCUCAACAACCUGGAGAAAACAGUGGGAGGUAUCUCCCCGGGGAGGUUCUUCAACGAGUGGAUGUACAUAGGCAGCAGCAAACCCACCUGCAGACUCUGCGAGUACUACUUCGAGGAACACCGGUCUGGCGUCGAGCAUCGAAGCAGUCACAAGAACCUCUACAUCAGCUGGCGCGUACCUGACGUCCUCCAAUCCGAAGGCGAUGAAGGGGAGGAAAAGAGAGAAAUCAUGAUCAACAGAUUGCUCCAGAGAAUCCGCAAAGAUGCGUUUGAUUUAGUGGAGAAGAAAGUGAGGCCGACAUUCAGGAAUCACGAUUCUCUCACGUCAUCCGUGAGAAUGACUCUGCGAGGCAGAUGGAGCGAGACGUUUGACACGUCUGACGUCACGUCCCAGAUGGGAAGUUUAGGACUGAAUGACGGCGGAGAUGAUGAAGUAGGAGGAGUCAGCUUAAGUAUUCGCAAAUCUAGCCUGCAACUGGUUCAUCUCAUGGUCAUAGACCCCGCACGUGUUUCUGGCGACGGGAGGGAGAGGCGUAAUUUUUGUGUUCACAACGUAUUAACCUCCUCCCAGCUGGUUAAAUCAACUUUCAUCACCACCAUUAAAUGCGGAGCUGACUCGAAUCUCAUAAGCCAUGCAAUGGCUCAAAGCCAUGUCGUGAAACUAUACAUAGGCCCCAUGCGCUUUUAUUUCGUACAAGGAGGAGAAAGUGUACAAGCUAUGUUUCGGUCGUCCGCUAGCAUCAGCUCGAACAAAUUCAUCCUACUGGUAAUGAAAAACCUGCAAGGUUCAGCGGAAGAAGAUGUGGCCAAGUUUGCAAACGACAAAUCGGGACGGCUCAAAAUACCUGCUCAGGGCUAUGAAAACAUGCCGCAAGAGAAGCGAUAUUGGUACAAUUUGCAUCACAUCACCAUCGAGAACCUUUCCCGCUCAGAGCCCUGUGCUCUUUUGGCGGAAACUUAUACCAAAUUCCUUGGGGAUGCUUUGGAAAAGCAACCUCUGGGUCAGUGGGCGACUGUUCGCCUCUUUGAUCUCUUGAGGAAAGACAUGUGCGAGAGCGCAAUCAAAUCGCUCUGCGGUCCCAAGCUAUUGGAGAUGUUCCCGGAUUACGUUGACCAGUUUUGGCGCUUUGAGAGCGUUGCUUUCCAGGUUGUGUACGGCCUGCCAAAGUGGAUCAACAGGAAGCCGGUAGAGGAGCGCGAUAAGCUGAACGGCAUGACGCAGAAGUACCUGGAAGCAGCCUUUUCAACUCUUGAUUGGGAUGGUCCUGGUACGGAGUCUGCCUGGGAGCCCGUCUUCGGAUCCAUCUACAUGCGCAAGAUCAGUAAAUGGCUUCACGAUGCAGGUAUGGCUAUGGAGACCAAAGCCGGUUUCCAUAUGAUCGCGAUAUUUGGUAUCAACGCAAACACAAUACCGAUCGCCACGUGGGUGCUGAUAGAGCUCUUGCGAGACCCGGAACUUUUCAGGGCUGUUCGCGACGAAGCCCACCAGACUUUGCAUAUUGACCCCGUCACCGGGAAGCGAUCGUUCGACGUGCCCAAGCUCAUCUCGAUGCCACUCAUGCAAUCUAUUUUUACAGAGUGUAUGCGUCUACAUGUCUCCAUCGCAAUUUCCAGGGAAAUCGUCAAGACGACAACACUCCAAGGCUUUCGCUUGAAAAAGGGUUCAAUGAUCCAAGCGCCGACGAACCUCGUGCACUUGGACGAGCAGAUAUGGAGCCAGGAAGGUCACGCUGCGUCGGAGUUCUGGGCAGAGAGACACAUCAAGCAUGUGACGCAGGUCGAGGAGAGUACUGGUCAACAGACCACCCAAAGGCAAUUCGUUAUGGCCGGAAAGCCCAGCGAGUUUUUUCCCUUUGGACGGUUCUUUGCAAAACAAGAGGUUCUCCUCACAAUUGCGAUGCUGGUUACAAAGUUCGACAUGGAGUUUGUUGAGUGGACGACCUUGAGCGGGUUGAAAUCCGACCGAGCCCCAGUAGAUGACGAGCGGUACUUUGGCACGGCAGCUGUACCCCCGGAUCGUGAUGUUAAGGUGCGGUGGAAAAGACUCUGGUGA